GUAGAGUGGCAACGUGCCUUAUAGCAAGGCUCGGCAUGCUACUACUACUACUACUGGCGCGGUGUGUGUGUGUAUGAGGAAGCUACCGACGCGCGCGCACACAAAUACAGGAAUAUAUACGCGUUCGGAUGGGGUCCCGGUUUGGAUAGGCCUGUCCCGUCCCGUAGAGUAUCGCUCUCUCGCCACCCGCUAUCCACAGAGCAGUUUCACAACCAAGCCGCCAGUGUCCCACCGCACGCCGAACCGUUUGCACUCAGAAGCGAUCAAGGGAGCUUCUCUCUAUAUACAGAUAUAUAUAUAGAGAGAGAGAAGUGACUCCCGCGCACCGCGUUCGUUUCCCCCACCACUUUUCUCUCUCUUGUCCAACACUCUCGGCGCCUUUCUCUCUCUCUCACUUCUGUUUUCUCACAUUGCGUUCUCUCUCACUUUACCCCCUCCCCUCUCGAGCCCAAACGAAUCUCGUCUCGCUCGUAACUCGUGUGUGGUGUGCUGUAUUGCUCCCACUGUCACCUGAUCGCGGGACGUCGCUUUUCGCGGGUGAGAUACCGCUCGGCCACUGAGUCAACUUGAGUGCUACGAUAUCGUUCUCUCUCUCUCUCACUCUCUCUCAUUCAGUGAGUAGUGUGUGUUUUUGAUUCCCCGCGCGCUCCUCUGCCCGGCGCGACUUUUGCCUGUCACUAUUGGCGAGACUCUCGCUGCGUAUAGAUCGUGUGUCAAAUUUAAAAAAAAAAACAAUUGUGCAGUUUUUUUUUGUCCAACUAAAUAAUAAAAUAGUGAUUUGUGGGAAAAAUUUAUUUUUGUGGAGAAUAAUCUACAGAAUUCGUAUCCAGAAUGAUGACUGAAUUGAAUUAAGAAAAGAGAGCAGAUUAAGACAUCUUCUUUUUUUUUUUGUUUGUUUGUGUGUGUGUGUGAGAUAAAAAUCGCCUAAUGGCGACUGCAACAAUGGGUUUACGACGACGAGUUACUGUGACUAAUUCACCCACACCAAUUCAAUCAUCCGCCUCAACGUCGUCGUCGUCAUCAUCAUCAACAUCGUCCAACAAACGUUCAAGAUCUGAGAAUAAUAAUAAUCCCUCGCAGGGUAAUCUUAAUUCAAUGAAUGAACCACCGGCAAAAAAAUCACGUGGUACAUCAACAAAAAACAAUGACAAUAGUGGAACAAAAGGUCGUACAACAUCAAAGGGAAAAAAUAAUUCAACAACAACAUCAUUGAUGAAUCUUGAUAACGCAAAUUGUCAUCAAACAUCAUCUUGGCCAACCACAUCGACAAUACCAGUUGAUCAGGUUUCCUAUGCGAAUGUCACUGGUUUAAACGUGACUGGUGGUGGUGGUCAAUCAAGUCUCUGUACUGGUAACCUAGGUAUGCCAUCGCCAAUUCCAUAUAUGGCAACGUCAAUGGCGACAUUUGUUGGGAACGCGACAAAUCUUGGUAAAAGCUCAUCAGUAUCGUAUCUUGACAUUUCAAAUAUGACCAGUGGUUCGCUUGGUACAAAUGCCUCAGGUGUUUCUCUCAAUUCCAAUCCUACUGCUGGUUAUAAUAUGAAAUCAGUAACAACUGGACAUGAUGUGAAAAAUUGCACAUAUGUCAAUAAUAAUAAUAAUAAUAAUAAUAACAAUAAUAAUAGUAAUAAUAUGAAUGGUACAUUUAAAAAUCCAGCACGUAACAAUCAAACGACAAUUGUUGAACAAGUUAUGAAUUUACCGAAAAAAUUUCAAAAUGACGCAAUGUACGAUACUUAUCAGCCGUGGGUGAUUAAAACUUAUGGCGAUUUAGCAAAGACAAAAACAAUAACAAUUAAAAAAUAUGCGCGUAUAUUGAGAACAUUGAGAGGUGAGGAGGUUAAUAGUGCUGAGAAUAGUAAAUUUCGUUUUUGGGUUAAAAGUAAGGGAUUUCAUAUUGGACAACCGGAUGGUUAUGAUGCAAAGCCGGCUGAUCGGAUUAUUGGACGACAUGCUGUUACUAGUCCUGGACUUGAUCCGCCGCUUUAUGUACCGACGCAGCCACCUCAUAAUAAGUCCCUGAAUGGAGCCGAAGGUACAGUUCCACCUGGUAGAGUUUUCAAGAAGGUCGCAAUUGUUGAAAACUUUUUCGACAUCAUUCAUGCCGUCCACGUUGAUCUCGAAGGUCGUCCUGGGAAACAUGCGGGUCAAAAGAGGACGUACAGAACGAUUACCGAAACCUACGCUUUUCUGCCACGAGAGGCCGUCACUCGAUUUCUCUUGGGCUGCACAGAAUGCCAACGACGACCAAGAACACCGAGUCCCAGUAAUUUGGCAAAUCAAUCACAUCCAAAUGGAAUUCCAACAUCGUCAAUUCCAACCGUCACAACAUCACUGUCAUCAUCAUCAUCAUCAUCUUUAACAAUGACAACAACAGCAGCAGUUGCAACAACCCCAUUGAGUCCAACUCCCGGUACUGCACUAUCAGCCUCUACUCCAAUUCACCAAAAUACACUCAAAAUUCGCGAAGCAAGUCAUCCACCAGACAACAAGAAUCUCUUCAAUUACAGGCAUCAAAAACAUCAUUCAAAAUCAUCACCAACAACAACACUAAUUCCCGAGAAAGUUACAGAGAAAAAGGAAUCGAGAUUAGUACUAAAGGAAGAGGUAAUCAUCAAGGAACAAAAGGAGGAUGAAGAGAAGUCAAAGGAGAAACACGACAAGGAUUACAAGGAUGAUUCAUUAAUUUUAAUGAGAGAUGAAAAAAUAAAGGAGGAAAAAUUAAAAGAAACAAAAUUUAAAGACGAUAAAUACAAUCCCUUGAGUAUUAGUAAUUUACUAAAGAAGGAGCCAACAUUCAACAGUGGAACAACAACAACAACAACAACUGAAAAUUUACUCGAUUCACGAAGAACACCCGAAUCGGAUAGAGCAAGUUCCCGAAGUUCAGCAUCAUCAAAAUGGCGUCGAAUGUUACCCGAGGGACGUACACCAUCACCUCAACCAUCACAUCCACUUCCACUUCCAUGGAGUCCUGGUUUGGAUCCAAAGAACACUCCAAUUGAUUACAGUCUACCAAUAACAACAACGUACCUGAAACAUCAGCAGAGAAUUUUGGCUGAACAAAAUAAGAAAACACCAACGAGAGAGGAAAUUGCUAUUCAGGAAUUGAGAAAAGCUGCUGCUGCUGCAACAUCUUCUGCUUCUGUUUCUUCAUCGAGUACAAUUAUCGAGACUGAGAAUAUGGAGAAUGAAAGGUUUUCCCCAGCAGCUGGUCUAAUUGAUACGAAUCUCAAUCUUUUGGCAACUAUUCAACAUCUUCAUUGUCAAGUUAUGUUGGCAUUAACUGAGAGGCUUAAGCCUUCGGCAAUUAUGCCAACUCCACUUGUUCUUCCCGGUGGUCCUGCAACUUUUAUGCCAACCACUAUGCUUGGACAUCAUCAUCACCAUCAUCAUCAUCUUAAUCCAAUUAUUGGACAUCAUCAUCAUCAUCAUCCACUUCUUGGUACUGCGGGAAUUAUUGGUCAUAAUUUUUUGAUUCCUGCGAGUCAGAAUCAUUCUUGAGAAACAAUUGCAAUUUAAAGUGGAAGUAGCGGAGAUUGAGGAAAGUCCAUAACGGAAUUAGAAUAUUAUUUUCCAAGUUCUAAGGGGAGGUAAAAAAAAGUUUGGGGGUCAAAAAUUGUGGAACGUAAUUUGAAGAAAUGUCGCAGAUACUUUGUGAUUUUUAGGAAAAUUGUAAUGGGACUCUAAUAAAGACUCUGAUGAUGAGAAACAAUUCUAAAAAUCCGGAAAUGAAGACAUCUAUAUGCAAUGCCGAAAAGUGGAUGAAUUUACGUUAAAAAAUGCCGAAGUAUUGCGAAAAUAUCCCGAAAGUAUUAUGAAGAAAGUCCGCAAUGUUUUUCUUAUAGAAAUUUUUAUGGGACUCUAACGGGACUCUAACAAUUCUGAAGAGUAACCUAAAUUGUUCCUAGAAAACGCCGAAGGAUUCUAAAGAACAUCGAAAGUAUUUUGAAAAAAAACGCUUUUUAUAAAUUUCAAUCGGACUCUUGACAAUAUCCGGAAGUAUUUUGAAGCAAUGCAGCAAUGUUCUUUUUUUCAAAAUUUCAAUAGAAUUUUAACGGGACUCUAACAAUAUUCUAAAGUAAUUAUGAAGAAAAUUCUCCGCAAUGCUGAAGAGUAACUCUAAUUGUUUCUGGAAAAUACCGAAGUGGUUCCAAAAAAUAAUUUCGAAAGUAUUUUGCAAAAAAAAACCGCUUUUUACAAUUUUAGAAAUUUCUACGGGACUCUAAUUGGGACGCAAACAACUCUGAUGAUAACAAAAAAUUCUAAAAAUCUCGAAUUUAUUUUCAAGAAUUUUCUCUGCAUAGCCGAAAAGUCUCCAAAGUCUCUGUGAAAAAAUAGCCUUAAAGUUUUUUUUUAAAAAUAUUUCAAAGGGACUCUAACGGUAAUCUAACGAUACCCUAAAGUAGUUUAAAAGAAAUUUCUUCGCAGAAGGUAAAUUCUAAAUGAUUUCAAAAAAAAAACGCCAAAGUGGCUCCAAAAAGAAUUCCGAAAGUAUUUUUUAAAAAAUCCGCAAUUAUUUCUACAAAUUUCAACGGGACUCUAGUAGGACUCUAUCUCGAUACGCUAAAAUAAUUUACAAAAAAUUACUCAGCAGUAAUGAAGAAUUAUUCUGAGUGGCUUAAAAAAAAAACGUCAAAGUGGAUCUAAAAAAAAAAAUUCCGAAAGUAUUUAAAAAAAAACUGCUAUUCUGCAAAUUUCAACGGGACUCUAAAAAUAAUUUGAGGUUAUUUUUUAAGAAUUUUCUCCGCUCCACAAAAAAAGUGAAAUUAUUUUGAUGAAAUGCCGCAAUGUUUUUUUUUUCAAAGAAAUUUUGAUGGGACUCUAGCAUGGGACUCUAAUGAUAUUCUAAAGUAAUUUUGAAGUAAUUUCUCCGCAAAAUUUGAAGAGUUGUCUCAGACAUUCUGAAGAAAUACCGAAGUGUUUGCAGAAAAAUUUGAAACUAUUUUGAAGAAAUGCCAUAAAUGUCGUUUUUGGAAUUUUCUACGGGGACUCUAACGAGACUCUGGCAAUAUACUGAAGAAAUUUUUGAAUACAUUUUUCCACAGAGCUUAAGAAUUUCCUUAGUAUUUUGUACAAAAAUGUCGCAAUAUGUUUUUCGAAAUUCCAACGGGACUCUAACGGGACUCUAACGGGACUCUAUAAAUACAUUGAAGCGAUUUUGAAGAAAUUUCUUCGCAAUGCUAAAGAAUUGCCGAAGUUGCUCCAAAAAAACACCAAAGUGGCUCCAAAAAAAUUCCAACGGGACUCUAACGGGACUCUACCAAUAAACUGAAGCAAUUUUCAAGAAAUUUUUUCGCAAUUCUAAAAAAAAUCACCUAAAUGGAUCCAAAAAACGCCGAAGUGUCUCAAAAAUAUCUGAAAGUAUUUUUAAAAAAUGCGACAAAUUUUUUUUUUCGAAAUUCCAAUCGGGACUCUAACGGGACUCUUCCAAUAAACUGAAGCAAUUUAGAACAAUUUUCUCCGCAGUGCUGAAAAAUAGCUUAAGUGGCUCCGAAAAAAAGAACGCCAAAGUGGCACCGAAAUAAAGUUUUUCGAAAGUAUUUUGAACAAUUUGCAAAAAAAAAAUAUAUAUAUAUAUAUAUUUUCCCCCAAACUUACACUAAAAAAAUAAAGAAAAAAAAAGCUUUCUAAAAUUCAACAUUUUCAACUUUCUCAAUGUGAUUAUAUUGUAGAUUCAGUGCAAAUAAAAAAAAAAACUUGUAUAAUAUUGUAAUACGAUAGAAAAAAAAUUUUUUUCCAACAAUUUCCUCGUAAUAGACGAGACAAGCCUCGUAUAUAAAAUAUUAGACUCUAGUGUCAUGCAAAUUAUUACAGUAAAAUAAUAUUUGCUUUCUCGAAAUUACCGAGUAAAAAAAAAUGUUCUUUAUUCUAUAUUACGCACUCAAAAAAAACCGUGCGAUUAAGUUUUUUUUUUUUAAAUGAAUAUUUAUUUUUCUUUAAAUUUAUUUUGAUGUUCGUUUGGUUCAAAAACCACGAUUCAAAAAAAAAAAAAAAAAACAAAAAAAAAAUAGCGCGUGCCUUCUAAAAAUUAAUAAAUAAUUUCUCAAUCCUAAAAUUGGCAAAUUAAUCGAAGCGCUUUAUUAUAAAUAAUAUUAAUUAUAAAAGUUCCAAUUUUUCUCUAUUAUUAUUAUUAUUAUUGUAAUUUAGAAUAUAACUUAAAAAGUUCUAACCAAAAAUUUUUGAAAAAAAAAAUAUAGAAAAAAAUAUAUUAUAAUAUUAAGUGUAAACUGCGUAAUUAAGAUAUAAAUAAAUAAAUAUAUUAAGUCAAUGAAAAAACUUCCCAAAUGAAUAAAAUAAAAAUAAAAAAAAAAAAAAAAAAAAAAAAAAAAAACGUAGUACAAUAGAAAUUAGGGCCUUACAAAGAUGUGCUUACGUGAAAUGUCUAGAAGUUCGAUAUUGUUGUGAAAGUAGAUCCUCUCUAUAUAAAUAAAUAAAUAAAUAAAUAAAAUAAAAUAAAGUAAAUAAAUCUAUAUAUGGAGGAGAAUAAUAAAAAUUAACAAUUCAACUUUCAAAAAAAAAAAAAGAAGAGAAAGAAUCGCGACAAUUAUUUUGUACAUAAUCGUUGUAAUAUAAUAGAGAAAACUAGUUUUUAAGGUCGAGGUACAAUUAAGUUAUUUGUCGUCGCAAUUGUAAGAUUAUUGUUGUGCUAUUAACGUUAUUAUGUUUAAAAUUGCACCCAGGAGAGGAAAAAUAUACGCAACAGAUAACACCCGA